AUGAUUAAAAUCAGACGAAUCUUUUUAAUUAUUCUUGCAUUUGUAAUCCCAGUUGUUAGAUGUCAAAUGGAAGAUAUAAGUUUUGGAGAAAAACAUAUAUACGUUAACAAUUUUUAAUAAUAUAUAGAAAAGGUAUUCUUUUUGACUAUGAAGAUUAUUUUUGGAUCAAUAGGAGGAAUCAUGCAAUAUUUAAUCUCUUGUUCAAUUGUUGAAUAUUACAAUCCUAUGCCAAAGAAUAAAUUACGUAUAUAGAAUAUUUUAAGAGAAAUACGAUAUGGAAUUGUUUAGCUUAUAUUUGGAUGUUUUGUAUCAAUGGUAUAAAUAAUAUAAUAUUCUUAAAAGUCCUUUUAUUAUUAUUUAUAUCCAUACACACCUUAUUACAAAUAUUUUGAAACUCAUGAUUACACAGUAUUUCAUUUCUUGUAUGGAGUAAUAUUUCAUUGGUUAUGGACUACAUGUAUUCUCAAAUUUUAUAUUUUUUAUUUAGGUGUAGGAUAUUGGACUCAUAGAAUGCUUCACUUGAAAUAUUUAUAUAAAUAUAUUCAUAGUGUUCAUCAUUCCUUUAAAGAACCUACUGCUUUUUGUUAUUGUGCAGCUCAUCCUUUAGAAGGAUUCAUUGAGGGUAAUCUUCUACUUCAUACUGCUGAAUUAAUAUUACCAAUUCAUCCUAUGUAAACAAUGAUUUAUGGAGGAUUUAUGGCUUUUAAUGAUCUGUUUGCUCAUGAUGGAGGGUAUAUGUCUAUUUUAUAUUUAAUUUAGUAAAUAUGAUCAUUCUGAUCAUUAUAGACAUCAUCUCUAUUAUGUAGUAAAUUAUGGUGAUGCCAAGAUUGAUCGAUUCUUUGGUACUGCAUAUGAUCCUGUAUCUAUAUUAUAUAUUAAUUUAGAAAAAUUAUCCAGUUAAGGAAAAAUGCACAUAUCUACCUGAUUUCAAAGAUAAAGAUCAUCCAUUAUUUUAGAGAUACAAAUGA